GUGAUGCUGUCAGACUUUAGGAGACCGACACGUUUUGCUGUGUUGUAGCUAUCCCACUUGUGGUCCUGUAAACUCUGUAAAUUUAGAUAUAUUUAAAUGGCUUAUAUGGCUUUUUAAGUUCUAAAUGAUUAACCGCACAAAGGGGACAGCUGCUGCUUGGAUUUGCGUGUGGAUUUUUGUGAUUUCAAAACAAUCAGGUGGUGUAAAUUAAUCUUUAGUUUCAUGUACUUUUGCAUGCAUUACUUUAGUUUUUUCUGUCUGACUUUUCUAACAGUUGGUUGAUGGUGAAACAUCCAGGUCAGGACUUCAGAUUCAGAAUUUAAUGUAGCAUCUAUGCUUGAUAGCUGAAGCACAGCGUGUUGCGCUUUUCCUGUUUAGCUGCUGUUAGACUUAUCUUCAGAAUAAAUGGGUUCCAGUAAGGAUUUAGUGUUUUGCAAACUUGCUGAGUCUCUAAAUUUUUUUUAUUUUUUUUAUUUUUUUUGGCUUUGGACUCAACUCUACCUCUCUGUUUCUCUCCUGAUGAACAGUCACUGGAGUGUGUCUUCAUAUUAUGUAUAGUUACACGAGGUGUUGAUUAGUAAUUCAUACUGGAGCAAUCUCAACACUUGUUAGUCCUGUGUAACAUAAGAGGGACUCUAGCGAAAUGUGAUUUGAUUAAUUAAAUUUGACUGAUUCAUAAUUUAUUGCUACCAAGGGCUGCAAUCUUAUACUCUUAAAUGAUCCAGCAGGAAGGAAUUUAUCUUUGAUGUCCUUUAAUGAUGCUAGUGUGCAUGCAUUAUUUGUUAAGAUGCAGUGGCAUCAUUAAAACAUCUGAAAUGAGUUAACUAAGCUGGACAUAAAUAUUUUAGGAAUAUUAUCUCCCCUGUAAAUAACACAUAAAAAGCUAACUUACUACUAAUUGCAUGACGUGGUAUUGGACCUAGCUAGCUCUAAAUCUAGACAUCCAUGUGCUCACUACUUUCAAAAUGUGUCUGUAGGUGUUUCUAUGCAUGUUUCUUUUAUCCGAUUUAUAGUUAAACCUUUUGGAGUGCACUGAUCUGUAUACUUGGCUACAACGACCAUCACAGCGUAAACACACUUGACUAAUGGAUUCACAGUGUGGGCUGAUGUUUGUUGAUGGAGUUUCAAGUUCUUACAUGCUGAUUCAGUGGUGUGAUGCUGGGCCCAUUCACACUACAGGUCGACCAGUAAUAAUAAUAAUAAGAAAAACACUAAAAAAAAAGCAUAAUAAUCCAACUACAUUUGUAUGGCACUUCACUGUUAAAGCUGCAAAAUAGCCUGUGUUGCUCUGACCUAUUUGAGUCUCAAACCCGUUGCAUCGCUAACCAGACCCAGUAUGGUUUCCUAUCACUGUUGGGUGGGAACUUUAAGUGUAUCUGUUGCACUGGUGCUACGGCCCAAAAGUGAUUUAACACUCUUACAGCGUGCUGCGGUGUUACAUCAUAGUUGGGCUACAGACAAAACGGGCAUCAUGAUGGGGAAAAAAAAAAUCAACUAUUGGAUGGAAGUAAAAGCAGAAUUUUCAGCGUUUGUGUAAAUGAAUAGAAACGCAAAAUACUGACUCAUAAAAUAAUGGGAUUGACUUUAAAGAGGGAUUAAGUAAAUACUUAAGUAAAAGAUCUGCAGUUUCGAGUGCUUAAAAUACAAACAAAAACACACUUUAACACAUUGAUCAAUAUUCUGUUUAUACUAAUCUUGGUGUAUUCAAUGUAUAAUUGUAAUUCAGCAUAAAAUUUCAAUUAAGCCACUAAGGACAAAGGAUUCUCUGUUCUGUUGGACACAAAUUUGCAGUAGAAAGUUUUGUGCUUGUAAUGAGGCAGUGCCAUUGCACCACUAAAUCCAUGUAAAUCCUGUGUGUUUGGAUGGAUUUGCACUGAAGCGUGUGUUCAUACCAGGAACUUCAAGCUGAAGGAAACCUUCCCUCCUUCCCUUUUUUUCUUGUCCUGUUGGUCUCCUUUGACCUCUGCUUUAGUUUGCAUCAAGUGGGCACUACCAGCCUCAGGAAUGGCACUACUCCCACAUCCACAAUGCCAUUUUGGGUCCAUUUGGAGAACUGAUGACCGAGGCCGAUCUAGACCGAAUUGAGAAGCAAAUUGAGAACCUUCAGGUCAUGCAUAAGGUUUCAGAAGUCGAGAAGGAACUGGAAGAACUGGAGCGACAGCUUCACCAGCUGCUACCAGUUUCUGCUGCUCUCAAUCAAGGCCACUUCUCAGUGAAUCCAAAGCAGGUACAUGGACAAGCUGAAGAUCUUCCAGCCUGGUGCAGCAAGAUUUCCACCCUGCUCAAGAGUAUGGCCAUUCUUCUUGCCACCCUUGGAGGCAAAGAGAUAGACAUUUUAGAUCUCAUAUGCCCUGGAUAUUCUCAAGAGGAGACCAGGAAUGUGAGCGCUGGUCAGUCUCAGCCAGCAGGAUCAGCUGGCACUGGAAUUAUUGGACGCUCUCAGUCUUUCUCAACAAGAGAGGAUGUGGAGAAGGAGAUAAAGCAGUGUGGAGUUUCAGUGAAGAACCUGAAGGCCAACUAUGAAAUUCAGAAUCAGUCGCAGUCUGCAGAUAACAAAGCAAAUAAGGUUUACAAACGCAAGAGGUCACUUCCUGUCGUAAGUGAGUCUAGUUAUCAUCCAGAGACAACUCAUGGGGUUAAUGCUCCAUCUGCUGCACGUCUGGACUCCCAUAAAAAUGGGGAUCUACCUUCGGUACCAGAAUCAGUUGUACCACUUGUUGAAGAACCACUUAUCGUUGCAUCUCAUGCCCCUCAGACAUAUGCACCCUCUGAGGUACUGGUUCCAACUAACAUGGAAGAGUUCAACCAGGUUCUUUCUGCAGAUCCCAUUUUAAAUAACGACCAACUAACAAGAAGCUUGGAGGUGCAGACGGAUCUAAGCUACGUCCAGGAAUGCAUUGAAAUGAGGAAAGAGAGAAUUGUCUUCCUGUUCCUCGAACACUGGCGGAAGUAUACUAUCUCUGAAUCUUAUCGGACUAAAUAUAGAAGAGGAAAUCAUUUAGACGUGGGCUGGGAGGACUACAGCCAGUUUAGUGCACAAAUUGGUGGGGAAAUGCAGAGCGAAGAUGACAAACUUCUACUAUUCAUGAAGUCAAAGCAGGUGGUAGGAAAUCUGAUUGGCCACUGGAGGACAAUCAUGAGUCAAGUGCCCACACGGCAGAUCCGCCGGCUGAGUCGAGCCCAGAUGAUCUACUGGCCAGAGCACUUUUUACCACAUAUUAACGGUUCACCUGUGAACUAUGAAAGCCUGACUCUUGACCUGUUCAUGCUCGGCUACUUCCAGUUGCUAGAAAUGAACAUGUCGCGUAGUGAAAGGAAAUUCCGCCACCUCUUGUGCUACGAGAUGUUUGACCGUCUCGGUAGCCACAAAUGGGAGGUCAUCAGGCAGUUUCACAAGGAGGUCAUGGAGGAAAUUGAGAGAGGGAAGCGAGACUGGGCCGAUGGUUUUGAGGACAUAAAACUCAAGUAUUUUGGAGACUCAGAUAAUGGGGGAGGUGUGAUGACCGCUUCUCUACAUUCUAUGUCUCCAGAUAUGCCCAUUAUGCCAAUGCAGGAACCACUCCCUCCACCACCUUCUCAUCCUCCACCUCCUCCGCCACCAAGCCAUCCUGCACCCCCACCUCCAAAUGCACAGUCAAGUCCACCUGCACCAUCACCACAGUCUUCCCAACCCGCCUCACAACCAGAACUUUCUCCAUCAUCAUCACCUGCUGCAGCCCAGAAUGGUGUAUCAGACAAUGGCCAGAUUGUGGAGCAGAAGACCCAGAAGGAUCGACUGGAGGCUCAGGGAAACAAAAAACCCAAUGAGCAGAUGGCAUCAAAUGAGUCUGUGGUGUCGAAUGGUAAAAUAUCAGAGACUGAAAAUGUACAACACAGUGAAGCUGAGACACAACAGAACACUACAGGAAACUCAGGGCUAAACCCAGUGAAAGAAGUCCCUCCAGUUACUGUCAAAAUCAUAGAGGAACCUCCCGUUGAUAAACCUCCACCUAAAGAUGAACCUAAUGAAGACUCAAUAAAAGUGAUCUAUGAGCUAAAGGAGUUCAGCAACGAGGAAAUCAUCAGAUACAUUGACCGAAGCUUUGCAUUUUGGAAAGCAAAGGAAGCAGAGCUUUUUGAUAUCUGAGAACUAUGUGGGCUAUGGGUGAACCAAAAAGACCAAAAGUGCAGCCACAGAGGAAAAGCAUGAAGGGCAGGGUUUGAGAAACUAACCUGCACACUGGAACGCAUAGAGAGGGGAAACUAAUCUGGUGUGUUAGCAUUUAGGCCAUGUCACAUAAGAGACUUAACUGCAGCAAAGCAAAGAGCAUCUACUUAGCUGUACUGUAACGCUUAAGUGGAUGAAAAGAAAGCUUUUGCUAUUCAUAAAUUUGUUAGAACCGUUUGAUUUUGAACUGUGGUGAAGCAAGAGGUUUUUGAAUGAAGUAUGACUGAUUGCCAUGAUGCACUGCCUUCAGGAAAACAAGUUUUUAAAGGAAAAGAUUUGCCAUAAAAGUCUCGUUUGUUUGUUUAGAUCAUCUUUGUAAUGGGCAAAUUUGGUUAAAAAAAAAAAAACUUUCACAAUUGGUUUAUAUUGAAUACUUCAGAUUGCAUUUUAUGUCGAGACAGUUUCAGUGACUCUCUUUUAUGCCACUUUCAGACAGCAGACUCACGUGGUUGCAGGUCAACAACUUUGAUGAAACACCUCUCAGUAGCCACGCAAAUCCAUAUAAAUGUCAAACAAAAUUGAAGUCAACUUUUGACAUGUUGCAAACAGCAGAAAACAUUAGGCUAGUUUCCAUUAAGUUGGUGAAGUGAAUGCCUUAGGCCACAUUAAACAUGGCUGGAGUAAACAGAGAAAGAAACAAAGACGUCAUGCUGCAAAAACAAAAUAAGUUGUUUGAGAAUCACCAAAAAACCUCAAAGACGAAACAAACAAAACCAAAAGUGUUGGCUAUCUACGACAGAAAAAUGGAAAGAAAAUCUUCAGAAACUGUUUUCAACUGGUCAACUUGUAAUUCUUCUUUUGCCUCAGCUGCUAUGGGCCAUGUCUGAUGCUGUCCAGAGUCUCAAAAAGCAGAAACAGCUGAUCAAAGUUCACUGUAUCAAAAUACAUUCAGAAAAAGUGUAUUCCAGGUCUCAUUGUGUGCAUUGCAAAAACCACCUCAAGCAAGCAUUUUUGAAUUUUACAGUUUCCUUUAACCUUUUGCAAAGCAUACAUUUAAAAUGCACAUAAAAAUAUGUUAUGGAAACAUGGCUACUAUAAACUGACUCUAGUCUCCUGUGAAGCUCCAUAAAUUGUAACUGACUCUGAAUUAUAUCUAAUAUUCACGACCCCUCUCUCUCCCUUGCAUGCACCAUUUCUCUCCUCCUCUCCCUUCUCCUAUUUGUUCAGCCAGUCGGUUUAAACGACAUUUAAAUGUCAGCCUGGCUGACCUUCCCAGUUGAUCACAACAGCGAGUGACCAAAGCUGUGAGCUGUAUGGCUAUUGGAUGAAGGAGGCUCCACUAACACAGGUUGAUUGAUACAUACAUACUGUAGCGUCUGAAACUGGUAUCAGAGAGGCUUCACAGUUAAACUCCAAAGACUACAUGGUUCGAUAUUUGCUAGAAAUAACAGAGAGAAUACCAGUCUCAGUUCCCUGUGAAAGGGAAAAUGGUAUCAUAUAUAAUGGUAUCAAUCAUUUCUAUUUGUUCUUUGGAGUUAAAGGCAAAGACAUUUCAGUGACUUUGUGGAGUUUAAGGCUACUUAGUGGUUCACAACUGGUCCUUCUUUAUCAGUCUGUGAGCGCAUGGUUUUGUGCCUUUCAGUUUAGCUCACAAAGUUUAUCAAGGAUGGCUAAUGCAAUUCAGCAGUUGGAUAUUGCAAAUUAAAGCGGCUAUAACAUAAUGAAACAGCAAAUGAAGAGUUUAUAAUUGCUCCAUUGAUGUUUAUUCCAUAGUUUUGUUACUGUAUUUUGAGUGUAUUUGGUCAGUUUCCAUAAGUGAAUUUGUGUUUCUUUAUUAUUUAAUUUCUACAUUGCUGUUAUAAAUAAAGAUUGUUGACAUGUUUGUGAUCAUAGGAUUUCAUUCCAACACAGUUAUUCUAUUGAUAAACAUUUAAACUAUCUGUGCAGCAAUAGAGCCAAAAUAUAUAUAUUUUAUAAGACAUAGCUUGCACCUUUUUCAAAACUCAAAUGACCACACUGAUGCACGCAACAAUGAAAGAGCCUUAGUCAAACACAGAGCUCUGGAAGAACCGCUAUUCUCAUAGCGUCUAUUCCGUGACAUCAAGAUUACCUUCAAAUAACCCUCUUAACACCACCCACUGUCAUGCUAUCUGUGGCUUACAGGAGCCAUAAGGAGGUUACAGUGAAUCUUCAUCAACUCACAGCUCAAAAGGGAGGGCGGUCAGCUGGUAAACCUGAAGCUAUAUUUAUACAUUUGUGGUUAACUACGGUAUUUGUGUCAGAUUUGGAGAAUGUAAGCAGCAAAGUAAAUGACGUCAGUACUGCCAUUGUCAGACAGCACAGUGAAAAUAAUGUGCAAAAAGGUUAUUUGUUCCAGCUUAUGACAGAUAUUUGCAUUUACUGGGUCAAAAGUCAGCUACAAAUCCAAGCAAAUGAGGAAUAUGACACAUUUUAAAAAGGCUGAAAGUGAUUAAUUGAUACCAUAAUGACUGGUUUUAACAGAUUGUCUCUUAAACAUAUAAAAGUUUAUGUAUUACACGUCUCACUGGUAAUUUUACUGGUGUACAAAACUACUGGUUAGAGUGGAUUCCACUAAUGGUUUGUUUAGGCUUGAAACAGACCUCAAUCAGGUCUAUAAUGGCAUCUUAAAGACUUAACCAGACAGACUGUCAAAUUUGAACCAUAGAGACUCGCCAGCACAGAGUACACAUAGCGUGUAAUUGUCAACAAGCUUUUCCUCUAACAUGUUUAGACGCACUAACGUUUCACAAAUAAUUGCUGCUACCAAUGUGCAAACCAGAGCAUGAGGAGAGCUUUCAAUAUUGUAUCAUAACAAGCUAUAGAAUAUAUUACAAUAGAAUAAAUAUCCAGUAUAUGCCCACAGGUCCUGACCAGGGAUGUCUGCUAUUGCCUUUUUGUCCGAAUAUUUAUUUAGAGAUCUCAAAAUUCGGAUUCCAGAUAUUUGUCUCUUGAAUGUGUAAUCCUCCACUGGGAACAACUAUUCUAUCAAGAUUACCUUCAAAUAACCAAAUUAACUCUAUGAGUCAAUGUGAAUUCGGCUCUAUGACCCCACUCUCAAUCUGUCCAUUAUCAUUUUUGAAUAGAUAGUGCAUACUGGGUUGUUCAGUGACAUCCAUUCAGCUGGAGAGAUCUCAUGUGUUGGAAAAACAACAAAUCUUUCCUCAUGGAUGGAUGGAUUGGUUGGGAUGGGUUGGGAUGGGUUGGGUUGGGUUGGACAUUUGUGACAUGGCAUUAUUAGUAAGAUAUUGUACUACUCUAAAAACUUUUUUGAUUGACUUUCUUUGAUCAUUUCCUGUGACAUUCAAUCACUCUCAUAAAGGCUUAAUUCAAAACUAGAUCUGAUCUACAGGAAGUCAUAAAUCUUUACUUUCUAGCUCCAUUUGCAGAUGUAUUUAUGUACUUGUGGUGAUAAGAACCUACUGCUUCAACUGGUAUUUAGGAAAUGUGACCUAUAAAAAAGAGCUUUUCCCAAAAUAUGAACAUCUGUGAAAACACCAGUGCAUCACAGAUGCCCUAACUUUGAUUAAACAGUCUUAUUCUAGUCUCAACACAAUCUACACUCUUGUCCCUGUAAAUUGAUCAUAAUUUCAGCAAAUCUAUCAGCUGAUUAUUGCGUCUUUUUUUUCUUGAUGUGAAAUUCCCAGGGGAAUCAUAAAAGAUUAACAACUACGCAGAUAAUCUUACCUGGAUUCAGGCUUGUUCAGGGCAAGUGAAAUCCUCCAGUAAAAGGGAUGCAAAAGGUAAUGUAUCUGGACAUGGCUGUCCUCUUUCUCUGCUCCACCUCCAGUUACAGCCUGAAAGAGAAAAAAAAGCUCCGGUUACAGCCGUGCACACUCAGAGAACAUCCUGUAGAACCUCGUCUGGUCCUUUGAAAAGCCUUUAUUUUAUUGUAGACAAAACAGGAGAUGAGUACAUAUUGGGAGAUGUUUGCUUGUGUGAGUUUAUACACCAGUCUGCACAAUGUACCGUGUAUAAUGUUUCCGAUCUUCAGCCUUCCAUGAAGCACGUUUGUAUAAAAAUGAACAGAAGAGAAUACGUAUGAUGAAAGAGUCUUUUUGUCCAUGCAGGUGGUUGCAUGACUUUUUCAGCAUGUAGGGAUGAUUUUUGUGACAAUACAGUCAUUGAUUUGUUUUUCAAAGGUCUUGACACAACUAAUAUCACAAAGAAAGCAGGAUUAUUGAAUUAUCUUGAUGACUUUUCAGUGUAAAACCCUGAAAAUACCAAAAGAAAAGACAAAAUGCAACAACCUGCUGUAAGUAUUUCAAAACUAAAGUCUUUGGUUAAUGAUUUUUUUACACAUCAGAUGCAGUUUAUAGAAACUGAAGACAUACAUUUCUUGAUUGCUUGAAUAUUCUCCAUAAAAACGCGCCUUCGAGAUUGAUUUUGAUUUAGCAUAGUACCUGAAAGAAGAACCUUUGCCAGUUUUUAAUGCUUUGCAGCUUGCAAAUAUAAAGAAUCUUAACAUUUAUCAGAGAGUGAAUUCAAGCAGGGCAGGUCAUCAGGUCUAUUUGUACAGUUAAAACUCUUUUACUGACAGACUGGGCUCCUAUCUUUGUUCCCCCGGACCUUUUUGUGCCCUGACAGGCUGAGGAGGAGGCAGCUCGCCUGGCAUCGAUGCCGGCCUGGAGGAGAGACAUGAUGAAGAAGAAAAUGGAUGAAGAGAGG